AUUGCGGUUAAAGAAUCCAGACUAGCAUCUCAGAUACGCCCCUCCGGAUUUGUCCACUAGAUGGAGACCAAGGACCGAUGAAAAUCCAGGCAGCCACAAGGAAAAACUGCCUCCCCGUCCACUCGUAAGAGCUUAUGCUCAUUGUACAAAAUGAAAUUCAAGUCAUGCCGUAUCUUACCUUGAAGUUAAGGUCUGCUUCGGGUCGGUGGACACACACGAGCCACCAGGGGCGCUGGAAGACCCUCGGAGAAGAAGCCCUGCUCGUCCAUAGGAGAUGACACAAGCAGAUGUUAGUGGAUUUGGCAUGAGCAUGGUGUCCCCGCGGACCAGCAGGGACACACAGGAGAGGAAUGUGCCUUUAAUACGCCUGAACGAUGUUGCUGACCUCAGGGAAAUAUAUACAUUUGGAAAGAAAUUGGGUCAAGGUAGCUUUGGAGUUGUUUAUGAAGCCACCCACAUUGCGACACAGACAAAAUGGGCUAUUAAGGAAGUUUGCAGACCAGCGGCAGGGAGUUCGAAAGUCAAAAUGCUGGGGCAAGAAAUAAACAUUCUCAGACAAGUGAAUCAUGCUCACAUAAUACAUCUCCAGGAAGUCUACGACACGCCUAAGAUGACUUACUUGGUUACUGAACUGUGCGUUGGAGGUGAACUGAAGCAGCUGUUGCAGCAGAAAAAGUUCUUUACAGAGGACGAGACGAGGCAUAUCAUCUCAAGCUUAGCUGAUGCUGUUGUUUACCUUCACAAAAGAGACAUCGUGCACCGGGACUUGAAACUUGAGAACAUUCUUGUGAAAAAUUCUCUUGAUGAGGAUGAUGAUGGCAAGAUUAAUAUCAAGGUGACAGACUUUGGAUUAUCGGUGCAGACGGGAGGUGUACGCAUUGGGAACAUGAUGACAGAGGCCUGCGGGACUCUUAUCUAUAUGGCACCUGAAAUGAUGAGCGGUGGUGGUUACAGCCAGUGGUGCGAUGUGUGGAGCAUAGGAGUUGUUAUGUACAUGUUGCUGUGUGGGGAGUCCCCGUUUGUGUCCAAAACCAAGGAAAACCUACUUGAGGAGAUUAUGAACAAAGAAGUCAAAUUUACUCAGAGCAUCUGGGCCACAAUCAGUGAUGCAGCAAAAAACGUAUUGACUUGCCUUCUGAAGGUGGACCCUGCCUACCGCAUGUCUCCUAAUCAACUCCUAGAGAACCCCUGGAUCACAGGUGCAACUAAUGUGCCUGCUAUACCGUCCAAUGUGCUGGAGAUGAUGCGUCACCACCUGGAACAGGAAAAGAGAGGAGAGACCCUGGAGGACUUGUCCCUCACCUCCUCUGAUGACACACUGGAGCCACCCCCGGUCCCUGGGGCAGCUUCAACAGUAACCGCCAGCAACUGCAGCAGUGAGGCGAAGCUUAUUCCUAAAAAGGAUAGCAGCUUCUCCACACGAGCCACAUCCACCAAGCAGGCUCAUGCUGGUCUAAAACCCUCGACACAGCUGACAGCAAAGCAACGCAGGCCUUGGGACAAGAAAGAUGUCAGCACAGGGCAGAAACCAGCCCCUGACACCAGGAAGGCCGGCAACCACAGACCAUCUACUUCCAGUAAAAGUAGGACUGUCCCUCGCAAACCAGCAGCCGGCUCUAACACCAGUGCAGCUUCAUGAGAAACAAAACAAGCCAAAUCACUGGAGAGAACACAUCAGUGGGUGGGCAAAAAACUAAAGCAGAGAAGGACUUUUUUAUAUACACUCUAUUUAAUGUAAUUCCGUGAUUCAACAGUAAUGUGAAUUAAACUACUGUGAAUUGCGCAACCUCAACGCUGAUGACCAGAGAAUAAGCAGCGACAGUGAUGUCAAAUAAAUGGGCCUCAUAUGCAAGUGUGAAAUAGCACAAGAAGUACAAAACCUCUGCAGCUGAGGGUGCAGCCUCAGCUGUGCCUCGUGCCAAAGGAAAGGGCCUCCAGGUCUGAGGGGGCCAGCCCUGCUGGACAAAUGCUCACUGUUUCCCAGCCAGCUGUGUGAUAAUGUCCGGCAGCCCAAAUACAGACUCAUACUUUUUAUAGUAGCCAGCAAACACAGAUUGAAUGAGUUUGUCAGAUAUUAGAGGUGACAUCAGAUUUAAGGUUUUAUUAAAAAGUUUGAGAUUUGAAAGAGAUUUGAGCAAUAUUUUUUAUUAUACUGUUGUUUAGUAAUGUACUUACUAACUAGCAGCAUGUCAUCUCAUUAUUAAAGUAAUGUCUUUAUUUAUGUACACUGUGAAAGCAUUUCUUUUCGGUAUAUGGAAGUAAUAGUCACUUAAAUCUCUUGUGAAGAUUGAAUGUUGGCUAGAGUUCAUCAGGGAUGUAAUAAUAUUUUCAACGUCCAAACAGACACAUUUGUAAAAAGAAAAGUACUAAUUGAUUUCCACAAAAAUGUAAAUCAAUCUUUUUAGAUACAUGUGAUUACAACUUGGAUCUGUCCUUCAGUUAAUAAUAUUAGUUUAUUUUUGAAGAAUAUUAUUUAAUGGGUGCCAAAUAUCCUAAAACACAGAACUGUUCUAAACUUCUUAACAGUUUAGCAUAUUUUCAAUAAAACAACACAGUUUUUUGUCAUAAUUACAUACUAGACUGUGGAGAAUACUCAUAAAGAGUGGAAUAUAUUUCCUUGAUAUCAUUUCACAACACCAAAGUUAGCAUUAGGGAUUUUCUUUCUUCCCGUCCUGACCUCUCAAUUCCAAAACGCCCUAUAUGCAGUGACUGCACCCACUCAGUGUCAAAACAGAAAGACUGUCACGCAGGCUGGUUACGCUCCAUCUGAAUGCAGAGGAUUGGGACCGAGGGCAGCCACGGGUCUAAUCUCGUUUGGAGGCCAUUGAAAGCAGUAGGAGCUACUUUGAGGGCACUGCCAUUCAAGCACAGGUUUUUUCCGCUGUAGAGAGAAUAAUCCCCAGCAUAGAUACAACAUUAAAGUAGCCAAGCAUAACACACAGAGGCUGAAUUUCAAAUCCACCCAUUUGCAUCUCGAAGUGAAUGAGUGCCAACAAUGGGGCUCCGUGUUCCUGCACAGGCUCUGUGUUUUAGCAUGUAUGCGUAAAUGUAGUGUGUGUUUGGUGAAGGUUUUUUUCUACAUUUCAGGGAAGAGGUAAUUGUCUUUAAAGUGUGGACACAGUAUGUUAACCUUUAUCAAAGUCUGUAUAGGUAGAUGUACGGAUCUUAGAUGAUGUGAUUAGAAUGCAAAACACUUUCAUUUGUUAGAUGUAUUUUUAAUUGAACAGUUUAUGAGAAUAAACAAAUGGUACGUGAAUCAUCUUUGAUUCAAGCUGCUUGCCAAAAAAGACUGCAACAUUACUGACACGCCAUGCACCUUCGGUUUAGUUAGACUGGUAUAAACAGCAGAUGGAGCUGCAGUAAGUUGCUGAAUCCAUUUCCUGGAGUUAUUAUGACAGGAGAGUACUAUUCAUAAAGCUUACUACCUAGUUUUGUGCACGAAGAUGUGUAAUUAGAAUUGAUUGCUUGAGUCACUGCCCAUUAAAACUGUGAUGUCCAUGUAAUGUGUCACUAAUUAAUAUGUUGUAUGGUUACAUCUUGAUGGUCCUUUCAGACAAAGUAAACGGUAAAGACGUGCAUCUAUUUUGGGUGCUGUCUUGUUCAUACAAUGUGAUUUUGUGAGUUGAUAAUUUGUGAAAUAAAAAACAAAAACACAGC